CCUCUCUCGCCUCAAUGUUGCGGCCAUCCUAGUGGCAGAUCGCUACAAUCCUGGAGGGAGCCGGGUCGAAUGAGCUAUUGGGGUUCCCGAUAAUAACGGGGACAAACAGACAGGCAAAAAAGACACACAGACGGAUGGACGGAGAUAGGCAAGUGUUCCGAAAAAACGCGAGACCAUAACCGGAUUCUAUACGUUUUCUUAUUUCCGUUGUUUUGCGUUUUUAGUAUUUUAAAUUAUUUAUUUAUUCGCUGUAUUUAUUUAUCUAUCGAUUGAUUGCGUUUUAAUUACUGCCUUGUGACAGAGAACGAGGGAGGAGGGGCGUCAGGGCCAAGCGCGCGCGUUGUGUUUGUGUGCGUGUGAGAGUCCGUGCAGCCUUCCCCCCACCCCCCACUUGUUUGUUUAUUUAUUUGUUGAUGAUAGCCUUUAUUGAAGCUGUUUUAAAUGUGCUCGCGACGCGAUCCGCUGCUUUGCGCGAGCGGAUGAAUGUCUAUAUGUAGCCUUCAUGCAAAGGAGAGAGAAGAAGGAGCGCGUGCAGCUAGAGACCAAAUACAAUAGAUCAAACCAAAUACUACAGAAAUCCAAAUAAGACUUUCUAACUCUGCUGGCCUUUUUACACUGUCUUGCCUCUUUCUAUGUAUCAUCAUUUAUUGUGCUGUUUUAAAUUGCAAAACGAAUACCAAAGCUCAGCCCGCCUGGUGAUGCUACAGGAGUAGGCUAGCGACUGUUCUCAUGUCUUUUCACACCUAUAGGAAACAUUACUGGUGAGGGAGUGAGAGGAUAAAAUAAGCUCUAUGUUUACUCAAGGAGAACGCUCUAGCAGUGCAAAGGUAACAGAGAGACGCAGGUGCAUCAACGACAGGCAGGUGACAUACAGCCUUUUGAUAUAACGCCACUACAAUAGGCCUGUAAUUGUAACACAACUUUUCCGGUAGCCUGCAGAAGUGAGGUCUGAUCUCCUCUCUAUCCGUCUGUGUGUUAGUCUGGACUGUAUGUAAGAUAACUGCUGCACUCAAGGGACCAUCCUACAUAUAUGUUCUAUGCACAUUUACACCAAAACUAAUGCCGGCCACCAGUCGACAUCCACAAAUGUAAAUAAAAGGGCGCCGCUUGCCUACAUGUGUACACACCUAACGGUGAAUGUUGUGAGCUCUCCAUACCAAAUAUUUUCCCAAAGCUGUCUACCAGAGAAACGGACGAAGACACAGAAGCUUCAGAAGAGGACAGAGCUUAUUACAGCAAUUCUGUCAGAUUAUUUGCAUCAAAACAAGAAGCCGGAGGAAGAUCAUGUUUGUUCCCUUGCCAGUGCCGUUCGUGUUUCAGAGAACUGCCCCUGACCUCAACGCCUGGCGUCUCAAGUCCCCUCUGGCUCUUCGCUCCAACUCCGAUAUCAGGAUGUCAAAGCCAGUAGAGGUAGAGAAAGCAGGGGCUGAGUCACCGAUGGAGGGCACGGACUCAGAGCGGAAUGGACCUGAAUCAAAUCACCAGGCUCAGUCAAUGAAAGUCAAUCCCUUUCCCCUUUCACCAACCCUGAGCAGCAGCAAGCAUAAGAUGGAGGAGUGUGGUGAGAUGUCCCCGGCCCUUCCUCUCUCUCACGGCCCGACCCCCUCACAGACGGCCCUGCAACAUACACAGCUCAUGCUGACCGGCUCCCAACUAGCAGGGUUAACAGCUCUGUUGCCAGCGCAGCAGCAGCUGUUGCUGCAGCAGGCUCAGGCACAGCUCCUGGCUGCAGCUGUGCAGCAGUCCAGUGCAGCACACGCCGCUCAUGCUGCCCACGCAGCUGCCCAAGCAAAUCAGCAAGCUCAGGCAGUCGCAGCAGCAAAUCAGCAAGCCCAGCAGCAGCAGCAGCAGGCGGGACAAACGGGGCAGCAGGCCCAAUCACAGUCCCAGGGACAGAGCACACAGGAACAGAUAGCCCAAAGUGUCUCUGUCCCACCUCAUCCACCCCAGCUCACCCUCUCCCAGCCAAUCCAGCUCACCGCCCAGGACAUCCAGCAGUUGCUGCAGCUUCAGCAGUUGGUGUUAGUGCCCGGCCACCCGCUCCCAUCCCCUGCCCAGUUCCUCCUCCCACAGGCACAGCAGGGCCAGCAAGGACUCCUAUCGACACCAAAUCUCAUUUCGCUACCUCAGCAAAACCAAGGGAGCCUGCUGUCUGCUUCAACUAGAAUGGGACUCCAAGCACAGCGAGAUAAGAGUAUGGAGGUGAGCGGUGUGACCACGGUGCCCUCAGUGACCUCUCACCCUGAGGAGCCCAGUGACCUGGAGGAGCUGGAACAGUUUGCCCGUACUUUCAAACAGAGACGCAUCAAACUGGGCUUCACACAGGGAGAUGUUGGUUUGGCCAUGGGGAAGCUGUAUGGCAACGACUUCAGUCAGACCACAAUCUCCCGCUUUGAAGCCCUCAACCUAAGCUUUAAGAACAUGUGCAAGCUGAAGCCACUGCUGGAGAAGUGGCUCAAUGAUGCAGAGACCAUGUCCACAGACUGUACCAUGCCCAGCCCCAGCUCCCUGUCCUCUCCCUCUAUGGGCUUCGACGGGAUUCCUGGUCGCCGCAGAAAGAAGAGAACCAGCAUCGAGACGAAUGUACGCGUGGCCCUGGAACGCGCAUUCAUGACGAACCAGAAGCCUACCUCAGAAGAGAUCCUGUCGAUUGCAGAGCAGCUCAACAUGGAGAAGGAGGUGAUCCGGGUCUGGUUCUGCAACCACCGGCAGAAAGAGAAACGCAUCAAUCCCUCCAGUGCCACCCCUCCCCUGCCCAGCCAGCCCCCCACUGCCCCACCAACGCACAAACCGCCCUGCUACAGCCCUCACAUGAUGUCCAGCCAGCUGUCGCAGGCCGUGACCAGUCUCAGCACAACAGUGACCACCAUGUCGCCCGUCUGCUCCCUGACUUCCAGCCUCACCUCCACCCACCCCUCUCUCAGCUCCGCACCCUCCCCGGUGACUCCUCCUCCUCCCCGCAGCACGGCCAGCCCAGCCACUCCCAGCCACAGCACACUCAACCUCAACACAGGCUUAUGGCGUAUGGGUAAAAAGAACGGUGACGUGUCUAACUACAUCACCGAUUUUGCUGCAAACUUGAGGAACACUGUGAUGGGAGUUAACACAGGGAUGAACCAAGCCCUCCUCGGUAACAAUCCCCUGGCCACUAUCCAAGCCCUAGCAGCCAGUGGUGGCCAGCUGCCCCUUUCCAGUCUUGAGGGGGCCAGUAAGGUGAUGCUGGGGGCCUGUGGGAGCCAGGGAGGGGGCCUCCCCUCCUCCUUCUUCCUCAACCACCCCGCCCUCCUCCACAUGGGCCAGAACCCCGGCGCUGGACUGCUCAGCGCUGCCAUAGCCAAAGCCUCCCAGGCCUCCCCCUUCCCCUCGGCCAGCAGCAUCAGCCCCACCCUCUGCUCCCCCUCGCCCUGUUCCAGCCCCGCCUCUUCCUGCUCCUCCAGCGAAAUGGCACACAGCCCGCCCUCUCUGGGCGGAGCCAAGAUUGAGUGACAGCGCCAAGGGCCAAUCAGAGAGGAGGAGGAAGGAGGAAACGAGAACAUCGCCUUUCACACCAAAGCUAUCUCUUUCUCUCUCUUGCGCUCUUCUUCUGUUAUUUUAUUUUUUUGCAAUGGCUCUCUCUCUCUCUUUCUCUCCCAGUCUUUCGAUGCCAAAAAUACACAGAAUGAAAGAGGAGAGAGGGAGAGAAAGAA